GGGACCACAUGGAAGUUGUGACAGCUCCCAGCGGCGGCGCGCCCCUUUGGUGUGCGCCCGUCCCUCGGCUCAGGAGUUGCCCGCGGACACGCUGAAUGAAGGAGGUCCCCUUGCCAGCCGGCUGCCGCGAUGGGCCACUGCUGCUGCAAGCCUUAUAACUGCCUCCAGUGCCUGGACAAGACGAAUGAAAGUGCCCUUGUGAAAGAAAAAGAGCUGUCAAUCGAACUUGCAAACAUCAGGGAUGAAGUUGCCUUCCAUACAGCAAAGUGCGAGAGGCUACAGAAGGAGAAGGAGGAGCUGGAGAGGCGGUUCGAGGACGAGGUGAGGAGGCUGGGCUGGCAGCAGCAGGCCCAGCUCCAGGAGCUGGAGGAGCGGCUGCAGCUGCAAUUUGAGGCAGAGGCGGCACACCUGCAGGAGGAGCACCACGGCCAGCUGCUGAGGAUCCGGUGUCAGCACCAGGAGCAGGUGGAGGAUAUCACAGCCAGCCAUGAGGCUGCUCUCCUAGAGAUGGAAAACAGCCACACAGUUGCCAUCGCCAUCCUGCAGGAUGACCACGACCACAAGGUCCAAGAAUUGAUGUCCACCCACGAGCUUGAAAAGAAAGAAUUGGAAGAAAAUUUUGAAAAACUGCGGCUGUCAUUGCAGGACCAAGUGGACACGCUGACCUUCCAGAGCCAGUCUCUGCGGGACAGAGCCCGACGCUUCGAGGAGGCUUUGAGGAAAAACACCGAGGAGCAGCUGGAGAUUGCACUGGCUCCUUAUCAGCACUUGGAAGAAGACAUGAAGAGUCUGAAGCAGGUAUUAGAGAUGAAGAAUCAGCAGAUACACCAGCAGGAAAAGAAGAUAAUUGAGCUGGAGAAGCUGGUGGAAAAGAACAUUGUCCUGGAAGAAAAGAUCCAAGUUCUCCAACAGCAGAAUGAAGACCUCAAAGCAAGGAUUGACCAAAACACAGUUGUCACCAGACAACUGUCGGAGGAAAACGCUAAUCUCCAGGAAUAUGUUGAAAAAGAAACCCAGGAGAAGAAGAGAUUGAGCCGAACCAACGAAGAGCUGCUUUGGAAGCUCCAAACAGGGGACCCCACAAGCCCCAUUAAACUCUCCCCCACGUCCCCGGUUUACCGUGGCUCCUCCUCAGGGCCCUCCUCCCCGGCCAGAGUCAGCGCGACGCCCAGAUGACGCCGCCGCCACGCCGCCCUCGGGUGCUCCGGCCUCCGGGGUCUCCGCCCCGCGGGAGCACUGACCGGGCGCCGCCGGAGCUGGCCCUGUGCGCAUGCUCGGCGGCCGCAUCACGCAUCCUAGGCAGCGUCCUCCUCCACUCCCCGUGUGAGAGUGUCCCGGUAUCGGCGCUUAGGAAAGUGUAAAUGGUAGAGUCUGAUGUGCAAACCUUUUACCAUAGUUAGAGCCAAAAGAAAGACACUUGCAAUUGUUCUUGAGCAAUGAACUUUCACUGCAGAUUUUCAGGUUAGUUACAAAUAGCUCAGUUUUCAAUAUACAUUGAAUAAUCAUUGUGUACUGCACCGAUGUGUGUAUAUUUAGAUACAUGUAUAUGCACAUGCGGCGGUUCUGAAUUGCAUUUUUUUAUAACAUGAAGUGCUGACAUAUUUUAGUGGAGGUCAGCAGUUUUCUAGCUUGUGCCUAAGAAUUAUUGGGAAAUGAAAAUGCAUUUCUAUCUAGCUUCCCAGGAAUAUUUCUACCCAAAAUAGAAAAAGGAAAAAAAAAGAUACAGAGAAGAAGCGCCUUUCAACCCACCACCAAGUGGUACUCUCUUUACCACGAACACCAGCGAUUUGUGAACGGUAACUGCCUUUGGAACAAUCAGCUUCUUAGUCACCAUGAUGUGAGGUCACUGUUAUUCCAUUCGCAAGUUUUAAUUAUUAAUGCUCCUGUCGUGAGUGGAUAAGCAGUGGGAAACCCUACGGGGUUUAGCAGUUUUGCAGAUGUUACUCAUGACAGUGACUCAUCUAUAAUAGUCUUGUAAACACAAGUUUUGCUUUUUUCCUAAAUGGCAUCUCGGAAUCGGUCAUUAAGCUAUUGUUACACCCUCGGGGAAAACAUGGAAGAGCAUGACCUGUCAGUGAGAGUGAGGAUGACCUUGGAGAUGACCGAGACCAUUCAUGCUCCAUCCUCAUAAAGGAAACUGCUGACAGGUCCAUAUUUUGAUCAGGCACAGAGUGGGAAAGUGUAUUCCAUCUUUCCAUAUGCUGUAAAUGGUCAACUCAUUGAAAUAUGGCCCCCAUUUCAUAGGCAACCCCCACUUCGAUUUGGUUCUAUGAUCAACCCCUUCACUGCACAUUGAGACGGCUCAGGGGUUCUAGCAGGGGCUUCCAGAAAACCAACCUUUCUGUCCUGAGGGACGAGUUCUAAGCUGUGCUAGAUCAUCACACGAACACUCAGAAACCCAUUUGUACUUUCUGCUGGAUGAUCAAGUGACACUGAGGCUGACGGUGGUCCUACCCAAGGCCCAGGAUGUUCUCCCAAACAGAGGAGCCCAACAAAACAGCCAGCCGGAGGUCACGGCUGCUGGACUGGCAUCUGUCUCUGAAAUGGUAGAAUUAGAAUAUGAAAGGUAUCCAUGUAGUGCUGUGGAAGAUUAGGAGCAUGAUACCCAAAAGGAAGAAGUAGUUUUAACAGUCGAUAUGCUGAUGAUAAUGAUGCCUUUGUUUCCUGUGUGUGACAAAGACCCUGCACUUUUCUCCCUAAAGCCCCUAAAAAUUGUCCUGAGCACAGGCAUGUCUUUGAGCAUGUCCAAGGCAAGAAGUCCCAUGCAGGGUCCUACAGGGGCCAGAGCCAUGGAGCAGGAAAGCAACAGCCCAUGACAGGGGUCAGCUCGCCAGGGGCCCAGCCUACUGGGCACACAUGUGGCCAACAUGCAGCCAGAUGUGGUCUGUGUCCCUUGCAUAAGUAAAAGUCGGGCUCCCUAGGUCCUGCUCAUUCUGGGGACAUGCACAGUAGGUACACAGUGAAGGAACAUUUCUCUUUCCUUUAGAAGCUCUCCGCGAUGCUGUGCGGCCGAGCUGGGCAUUCCGUUCGAGCCAGGCCACACGGACUGAACUCGCAGCUAUUUAUUCUUUUAGCAGGCACAACCUGCACAAACACAAGCUCGGGUGCAGCUUAGCUCUCCAAAUGAGGACCCGCUUACCUAACCGCACCUGCUGAAUGUAGUUACACAGCAAUACCGACUUCGGUGUGACGUUAGGAUGUGGUACAGUGUGUUAGGCUGUUGUGGUCAAAGUCGUAGCAAUGUUAGAACUAAGUACUCCCUCACUAGGUGGACUGCCCUAGCCAGCCCUGACCUUGGGUAUGGGCUAAUUUCCACAGGGCUCUGGCUUCUUCCCUUCAUCGUGGACACCUAUCAACGUGUGGCCCACAUCCUCUGAGCUGGCACCGCUCCCGAGACACACGGGACAGCCACUGUGCCUCCUUCUCGAUUCUGCCCCCUACACCAUCAGGAUGCGGCCUCCCUGCACGGGACGUCUGCCUCCAUCCGCCUCCCGGGCUGGAGCGAUGUCUCCAAGUGCGGGUGCUGCAGCCCCCCACCCGCCUCAGGCAGACCCACCAGACGUCACUGGUUCUUCGUGGCAUUUGGGAGUUGCAUCGGUGGCCUGUCCCCCGCCCCCUGCCUGCCACACGCUGGGGCGAGGUUCUGGCUGGAUAUCAGGAUGGGUUGGAGGUGCUGACCCCUCUAUGAUUAGUUGAAUGGGGUCACAACAUUCCUGUUCCUGACCCGACAGUUUCUGUGUUGCAUAUUUGUGUUCAACUCUAAAGCCUAUUAAAAUAAACUUGAGGGACUUUC